UUCUUUCUCUCUCUCUUCUCCUUUAGUUUCCUUAAACUCUCUCUGAUUAGUUCAUUAUUAAGCCAAACAUUGACCAAAGUUUUAUUUCUUUCUGAUUAUAAAAAAUCCAUCGACAAAAUCAAAAUGGGAAGAUCACCUUGUUGCGAGAAGACCGGGCUCAAGAAAGGGCCAUGGACGUCUGAGGAAGACCAGAAGCUUGUUGACUAUAUCCAUAAACAUGGAUAUGGUAACUGGAGAACUCUCCCCAAAAAUGCUGGUUUGCAAAGGUGUGGCAAGAGUUGUCGGUUAAGGUGGACUAAUUAUCUCCGACCAGAUAUAAAACGAGGAAGAUUCUCUUUUGAAGAAGAAGAAACCAUUAUUCAACUUCAUAGCUUCUUAGGAAACAAAUGGUCUGCGAUUGCGGCGCGUUUGCCUGGAAGAACUGAUAACGAGAUCAAGAAUUUCUGGAACACACAUAUAAGAAAGAAGCUACUUAGAAUGGGGAUCGAUCCAGUGACUCACAGUCCGCGACUCGAUCUCCUCGACAUCUCAUCCAUCUUAGCAUCAUCUCUAUACAACUCAUCUUCACAUCAUAUGGACAUGUCAAGAUUCAUGAUGGAUGCUCAUCGUCAGCAGAACCAACAUCCAUUGGUUAACCCUGAAAUACUCAAGCUCGCUACCUCUCUCUUCUCUCAAAGCCAAAACCAAAACCAAAAUCAAAACCAAAACUUCGUGGUGGAUCAAGAUUCGAAAGGCCACGAGAACCAUAUGGUUUAUCAACAAGAUGUUAACCAAACCGGAGUGAACCAAUACCAAACCGACCAAUUCGAGAACAGGGUAACUCAAGAACUCCAAUCUUGCAUGCCACCAUUCCCCCAUGAAGCUCAGUUCAACGACAUGGAGCAUCACUUCAAUGGUUUCAGAGAACAAACUCUAGCUUCAACCUCGAAUACAUCCGUCCAAGAUUGCAAUCUACCAUCGUUCAACGAUUAUGGAUCAAGCUCUAACUUUAUAUUGGAUCCUUCUUAUUCAGACCAGAGCUUCAACUUUGCUAAUUCGGUCUUGAACACGCCAUCCUCCAGCCCGACAACGUUAAACUCGAGUUCUACGACUUACAUCAAUAGUAGCAGUUACAGCACUGAGGAUGAAAUGGAAAGCUAUUGCAGUAAUCUCAUGAAGUUUGAUAUUCCUGAUUUCUUGGACGUUAGUGAUUUUAUUAUAUAAUUCCAAGAAACUAAAUAUAAAUCCUUUGGGAUAGACUUUUGUUUUUUGUUUUUUCAUUCAUUGUAAUUUUAAGACUUUCUUAUAUGUGGAUUUUGUUUACAUGUAAAAUACUGUUUGUUAUAUCUAAGUAUAAACCAUUUUCUCAUAAUGGAGGAGUUUCCAUUAUUGAUAUCCACUUUGUAUUUAAAUAUUGAU